CAGGAAACUCCAAGGUUCGUGCGGGCCUGGCACAGGAAAGCGGCCCGGGCGAAAAGAGCCCGCUAAAGUAGCCGCCUUUCGCAGUUGCGCCAGGUGUGGAGCCCGGGGGGAGCUGAACUCCCGGGACUCGCUGCACUCGAGGGUGGCUGCAAGGGGGGGAGCGGCCGGCCUCCUCGCUCCGAGACUGGAAUCAAGAUGACUGCUCAAGUUACCCUGGAAGAUGCCUUGUCCAAUGUGGAUCUCUUGGAAGAAUUACCACUACCAGACCAACAACCAUGUAUUGAACCCCCUCCAUCAUCCUUGCUUUAUCAGCCCAAUUUCAACACCAAUUUUGAAGACAGGAAUGCAUUUGUCACAGGCAUUGCAAGAUACAUUGAACAAGCAACUGUUCAUUCCAGCAUGAAUGAAAUGUUGGAAGAAGGCCAAGAGUAUGCCAUUAUGCUCUACACAUGGAGGAGCUGCUCAAGAGCCAUUCCUCAGGUAAAAUGUAAUGAGCAGCCAAACAGAGUGGAAAUUUAUGAAAAAACUGUUGAAGUUCUAGAACCAGAGGUCACCAAGCUGAUGAAUUUUAUGUAUUUUCAGAGAAAUGCAAUUGAAAGAUUCUGUGGUGAAGUGAAGCGCUUGUGCCAUGCAGAGAGGAGGAAGGAUUUUGUAUCUGAGGCCUAUCUGAUCACUCUUGGAAAAUUCAUCAACAUGUUUGCUGUUUUAGACGAGCUGAAAAACAUGAAGUGCAGUGUGAAGAAUGACCAUUCAGCCUAUAAACGAGCUGCCCAGUUUCUGCGUAAAAUGGCUGAUCCUCAGUCUAUCCAAGAAUCCCAGAACCUCUCCAUGUUCCUUGCUAAUCACAACAAGAUCACGCAAUCUUUACAGCAACAACUUGAGGUGAUUCCUGGAUAUGAAGAACUGCUUGCAGAUAUUGUGAAUUUGUGCGUAGAUUAUUAUGAAAACAAAAUGUACCUAACACCUAGCGAGAAGCACAUGCUCUUAAAAGUAAUGGGCUUCGGCUUAUACCUGAUGGAUGGCAGUGUCAGUAACAUUUAUAAGCUGGAUGCCAAGAAAAGGAUAAAUCUGACCAAGAUCGACAAGUUUUUUAAGCAGCUGCAGGUAGUUCCCUUGUUUGGUGACAUGCAGAUUGAACUGGCAAGAUACAUUAAGACUAGUGCCCACUAUGAAGAGAACAAAUCCCGAUGGACAUGCACAUCUUCCAGCAGUAGUCCCCAGUACAACAUCUGUGAACAGAUGAUCCAGAUCAGAGAAGAUCACAUGCGCUUUAUUUCAGAACUGGCUCGUUACAGCAACAGUGAGGUGGUGACAGGAUCAGGCCGCCAGGAAGCUCAAAAAACAGAUGCAGAAUAUCGAAAACUCUUUGAUCUUUCUCUCCAAGGCCUACAGCUUUUGUCUCAGUGGAGCGCUCAUGUUAUGGAAGUGUAUUCAUGGAAACUAGUACAUCCAACUGACAAAUACUCUAACAAAGAUUGUCCAGACAAUGCAGAAGAGUAUGAAAGAGCAACAAGAUACAAUUACACCACUGAAGAAAAGUUUGCUCUUGUUGAGGUUAUUGCAAUGAUCAAAGGUCUCCAGGUGUUGAUGGGCAGGAUGGAAAGUGUCUUCAAUCAUGCUAUUCGUCAUACUAUCUAUGCUGCUCUCCAGGACUUCGCUCAAAUUACACUUAGAGAACCAUUAAGACAAGCUAUCAAAAAGAAGAAGAAUGUUAUCCAAAGUGUUCUCCAGGCCAUCAGAAAGACCGUUUGUGACUGGGACGGUGGGCGUGAACCAUUUAAUGAUCCAGCAUUGAGGGGAGAGAAAGAUCCAAAAAGUGGCUUUGAUGUCAAAGUCCCAAGGCGAGCAGUGGGGCCCUCCAGUACCCAGCUGUACAUGGUGAGAACUAUGUUAGAGUCCCUCAUUGCUGACAAAAGUGGUUCCAAGAAAACCUUGAGAAGUAGCCUUGAGGGGCCCACCAUAUUGGACAUAGAAAAAUUCCAUCGGGAGUCUUUCUUCUACACUCAUUUGAUAAAUUUCAGUGAAACCCUGCAGCAGUGCUGUGACUUAUCACAAUUAUGGUUCAGGGAGUUCUUCCUGGAAUUGACAAUGGGGAGAAGAAUCCAGUUCCCCAUUGAGAUGUCUAUGCCCUGGAUUCUGACUGACCACAUUUUGGAAACCAAGGAAGCAUCGAUGAUGGAAUACGUUUUGUAUUCUUUGGACCUUUAUAAUGAUAGUGCUCAUUAUGCUCUUACCAAGUUCAAGAAGCAGUUCCUUUAUGAUGAAAUCGAGGCUGAGGUCAACUUGUGCUUUGACCAGUUUGUCUACAAGCUUGCAGACCAAAUAUUUGGAUACUACAAGGUUAUGGCAGGAAGCCUGCUUCUAGAUAAACGAUUAAGAUCUGAGUGCAAGAAUCAGGGAGCAACGAUUCCCUUGUUAACAUCCAAUCGAUACGAAACACUGCUAAAGCAGAGGCAUGUGCAGCUUCUUGGUCGGUCAAUAGAUCUGAACCGCCUGAUCACUCAACGAAUUACAGCAGCCAUGUACAAAUCAUUGGAACUUGCAAUCAGUCGCUUUGAGAGUGAAGAUCUGACCUCUAUUGUUGAAUUGGAUGGGUUGGUAGAGAUCAACAGGAUGACACACAAACUUCUAAGCAGGUAUAUGACUUUGGACAGUUUUGAUGCCAUGUUCAGAGAAGCCAACCAUAAUGUGUCAGCACCCUAUGGAAGAAUCACGCUUCACGUCUUCUGGGAGCUCAAUUAUGAUUUCCUUCCAAAUUACUGCUACAACGGGUCCACUAACAGGUUUGUUCGAACAGUAUUGGCCUUUUCCCAGGAAUUCCAGAGAGAUAAGCAGCCUAAUGCACAGCCCCAGUAUCUACAUGGAUCCAAGGCUUUGAAUCUGGCAUACUCCAGCAUUUAUAGCAAUUACAGGAACUUUGUGGGUCCACCUCAUUUCAAGGUCAUCUGCAGACUCCUAGGAUAUCAGGGCAUUGCUGUAGUAAUGGAAGAACUACUGAAAGUUGUGAAGAGUCUGCUACAAGGCACAAUUCUGCAAUAUGUGAAGACCUUAAUGGAAGUGAUGCCAAAAAUCUGUAGGCUGCCCAGACAUGAGUACGGUUCCCCAGGGAUUCUGGAAUUCUUUCACCAUCAGUUGAAGGAUAUUGUUGAGUAUGCAGAACUGAAAACGGUGUGUUUCCAAAAUCUGCGGGAAGUGGGAAAUGCUAUUCUCUUCUGCCUCCUCAUUGAGCAGAGUCUGUCGCUAGAGGAAGUGUGCGAUCUGUUGCAUGCGGCUCCAUUCCAGAACAUUUUACCAAGAGUUCAUGUCAAAGAGGGUGAGAGACUUGAUGCUAAAAUGAAGAGACUGGAAUCAAAGUACGCUCCACUCCACCUUGUUCCGCUUAUUGAAAGACUAGGAACACCUCAGCAAAUUGCCAUAGCGAGAGAAGGAGAUUUGUUGACCAAGGAGCGUCUCUGCUGUGGGCUAUCCAUGUUUGAAGUCAUUUUAACCAGGAUUCGGAGCUUCCUCGAGGACCCAAUCUGGCGCGGCCCUCUCCCCAGCAAUGGUGUGAUGCAUGUGGAUGAAUGCGUAGAAUUUCACCGCCUGUGGAGCGCAAUGCAGUUUGUGUACUGUAUUCCUGUGGGUACACAUGAAUUUACAGUGGAGCAGUGUUUUGGGGAUGGCCUGCACUGGGCCGGCUGUAUGAUUAUAGUGCUUCUGGGGCAGCAGCGUCGAUUUGACGUACUGGAUUUCUGCUACCAUUUACUGAAAGUACAGAAGCAUGAUGGCAAAGAUGAGGUCAUAAAGAAUGUGCCUUUGAAGAAAAUGGUUGAAAGAAUCCGGAAAUUCCAAAUCUUGAAUGAUGAGAUCAUUACCAUAUUGGACAAAUAUCUGAAGUCUGGAGAUGGAGAAGGCACACCAGUAGAACAUGUUCGCUGUUUCCAGCCUCCCAUUCACCAGUCCUUGGCCAGCAACUAGAAAGGUCCUGUAUUUUUGGCAGCAGUACAGGAGCACUACAGUGGCGUGCUAGAUUUGAUGGUUAAGGGAGAAUGACCCAAAUGUUACUGUACUUGCCUGAGCCCUUCUGAAAGAAAGAGGUGUUUAGUCUCAUUUCUGAGUGGGAUAACUACACAAUACGUGGAUUUUUAGACUACUUUUAUAUACUUUUGAUAAAAGGCUUUGCAGUGCACCCAUUUUUAAGUCUUUAAGCCUUUUGCAUUUGUCCAGCUGUUUAUAAUUAUUGUCAAACCAUUUGGUGUUAUUGUGUCUAACUUUACUUGUCUACUAGCAAUAAUGUAAAAUUAACUUUUAUAGGGGAUGUGUAUUGUAAUUUUCUUAUGUAAGAAAAGCAUUAAGCUGCUCAGUUAGCCUUUAGGAAAACUUCUUUUCCAAUUCCAUAAGUAUCUUUAAUUAUGGGAACACUUCCACAAUGUCUGUAGUAUCCACGUAUAAUCAGGUUAGGAGGUUUUUAAAAAAAAAAUCUAUAAAAUGGAAGCAACUAGUAGUUUUUUCAAUAAUUCAUAUUAGAGACUUCCAAAUUUUGUAGAACCUGUUCAAGUAUUCAAAGACUUGUUUUGUUUUAGUUCGUAGUAUAAAAUGGGGAUAAUCCUUGAGUCCUUACACUGGCAACAGACAAAGCAGUAUCAUAAAUCACUCCUAGAAUGGUUGUGCAGAGGACAUUUUGGUUCAAAAUAUUCUUAAGCAGCAGAAUUAAGCCUUUUACAGAUUUUGUUUGUUCAUUCCUUCAGAAUGGUUCCAUGUAACCGUUGCAGAACCUUGCUUUUCUAAUGCCAAGUCUGGGAAAUAUUUAUAAUUUUAUCUUUGUGAUAUCAGCAUUGAGCAGUGUAAUUAUGGAACUAAAUUUCAAAUUAAAACGUGCAAA